GCCAAACUCACUUGUUGUUGAAGAAUCUAUUCAUUCUGGAGAUAGUCUCCAUCGUAUUGUUGCUAUAAGCAUUGAUGAAAACUCAGCCGAAUAUAUUUAUGAUUGGGCAGUUAAUAAUUUUAUCAAUCCUGCGACUGAUUUAGUCGUACUUCUGAACUGUCGUACAGUUGAUCCUCCUUCAAUGGCACCCUAUAUUAACCCAACUGGAUUUAUGGAAGAAUUUGACGAUACUAAAAAACAAAAGAGUCAUAAGUUACUUAAACAUUAUGCAGACAGAAUCAAGGCAAAACAGGUAGCUGUUCGGGCCAUUGCUUUAGCAGGUGAACCCAAACAAGAGAUUGUACGCAAAGUAAAAGAACUGAAAGCGGACGUACUCUUGAUUGGCUCCCGACAAUUGGGUGCAGUGAAACGAACCUUGUUAGGCAGUGUGAGUGAUUACUGCGCACACAAUGCACAUUGUACUGUAGUGACCAUUAAAGCAAAUCCUACACAUCCUGAAGGCAAACAUGAAAUGAGAAAUAUCUUUCAUAGAAAGUCACAAUAGUUUUAUUCUUCUUUACAGGCUACACAUUCAGACUUGUCAUUCGAUCUUGAUCUAGUCCCAUGUCAAUAUCUAAAUAAACUUGUUCAACUCACUUUUUUUCUCGGCAAGCUUUUUG